AAUGGCCAGGAAACAAUAUAAUUGCCUUAAUUAUAAGUUGAGGCAGUCGUGCCUAAAGACUUGAGUAGCGUCGUAUCCCACAUGUAAGCAAAGCCACGUUGGGAGGAUCACCUGGAAGGUCGCCUUAACAAUGCCUAAGUCUAAGCGGGAUAAGAAAAUUUCUUUGACUCGGACAAAGAAGAAAGGACUGGAAUCUAAGCAAAAUCUAGUGGAAGAGAUACGUAAAUGCAUCGACUCUUAUGCCCGCAUAUUUGUCUUCUCUGCGCAGCAUAUUAAAACAGACAAGUUAAAGGAUAUACGCCUUGAAUGGGGACACAGCAGAUUUUUCCUUGGCAAAAAUAAAGUAAUGGCCUUGGCUUUGGGUCGCACACCAGAGGAAGAAAUUUCAGACAAUCUUCACAAAGUUUCUCAGAAGCUUAUUGGGCAGUGUGGACUUCUGUUUACAAAUUCUACAAAGGAGGAAGUUCUUGAUUAUUUUGAGAACAAGAAGUUCCCCGUCCAUCCACAUGCUGGCGACUUGGCAGCAGAGACGGUGGAAUUAAAACAGGGACUACUAGAACAAUUUUCCCAUUCACUAGAGCCACAUCUUAGGAAACUAGGGCUCCCUACUCGGCUGCAGCGUGGGAUACCCGAGCUUUUACAAGACUAUACAGUUUGUGUCAAAGGAAAACCCUUGAGUCCUGCACAAGCUAGUGUUUUGAAACUUUUAGGGAACGAGAUGUCAUUUUUUCAUCUUAAAAUGGAGUGGUUUUGGAACCGACUUGACGGCAACUUUGAAAAAAUUUUGAGUGAACAUAACGAGAGCAACAGUGGAAGCGAAGAUAACAGUGAUGAUGAUGAUGAGGGGGAAAUGAAGAGUGAUGAUGAAUCUACAGAUGAAGGCAAUAAAUAAUGUGAAAUGUU